UAGUACUCCUUUUUUAUCAUUUCCGUUUCCAUGUAUUGUGUUUUUUAGACCACAAAAAAAGUGUAUAGGCAUUUGUUUUUAAAAUGUCGCACUUUUAUGCAGGGGAACACUUCAGGCAAAUCUCCCAUGAAAACAUAAAAAAAACAUGUCGUCCUUCCGCUUCCACUUUACCUCCUCUAACAGGAAAACUACACACUGCUCCCGGGGGAAUCAGCUUUCAUACAAAGUCAGUCGACCAUUUUCAUCCUCAUGAGCUGCUUCUCCUUCUCCUGGCAACCCUAUCACCGGUCCCCAUGGUUACUCGUCACGUGACUAGCAACAUAAACAAUUUCCAAGGGAGCUAAGAUUACGGUAGGAAGUAAGCUAUAGCCCAACCAUUUUACUAACAGCAUGUAUUACUUAUUGCAAGCCUAGCGUUUGGAUGUGAGAACGAUGGGUCGUUGUUGGCUGGACUUCCCGGGAGUUUCUGAGAGUGGAGCAUUAUGUCGCAGGAGAGGCAGAAAUACGUCUACAUUUGAGAUAUGGAGAGUAGUCCCGGUGCGGUGAGCUGAAAAAUGGGAGCAAGCGCUUCUGUGUCACUCUGUAGCGACACGUCCUCAGUGAGCAUCCUGAGGCCCAGUGCUAAGGUCAGCCCGGAGCCCCCUGCCCUCACCCUGGUCUCAAAGCCUGAACUGUCCACAAGGUGUGUGUUUGCCGUUGCCUUAGAAACACUGCGAGAGGAAGGGCAGAUGGUCGAUGGAAUACCCGUUGUCCUAAGAGACAUGGUGGAGUUCCUGGAUAACAAUGGACUGCACCACAGAGGGCUGUUCCGCCUGUGUGGGUCUGCGGUGCGGACCAGGCAGCUGAGGCAGCGCUCAGACUGUGGGGAGAGGGUGGACAUGGAGCACGAGGGAGACAUCCCCACCGUGGCGUCGCUCCUCAAACUCUUCCUCAGGGAGCUGCCAAUCGCCAUAGUUCCUGAACCCCAGCGCAAACAGCUGGUUCUGAGCCUCAAAGAGUGGCCGCUCACAGAGAAUAUAAUCACAUGCCUGUGGAAAAUCUGGCAACAAUCUUCGGGCCUUGCAUAUUUCAUGUUCCUGCAGGACCCAGGAUGCUGGACGACCAGAAUGUGUGUAAUGCCCUGUUGCACCAUCUCCUGAGGCACCACCACGAUCUAUUUCCAAUCCCAGCCGAGGACACAGUGGCCUCCUCCAUUUCCUCCUGCUCCCCCCCUCCUCCUACCUUAUCCGCCCUUUC